AUGUCGGACAGGCUGCCUUACAAAGUGGCUGACAUCAGCCUUGCAGACUGGGGUCGCAAGGCCAUUGAGAUUGCAGAGAAUGAGAUGCCAGGGCUGAUGAAGAUGAGGGAGAUGUAUGCUGCAUCAAAGCCUCUGAAAGGGGCACGUAUCGCUGGGUGCCUUCACAUGACAGUGCAGACAGCAGUUCUCAUAGAGACCCUGAUCGUGCUGGGAGCUGAGGUACAAUGGUCAAGCUGCAACAUUUUCUCUACCCAGGACCACGCUGCAGCUGCUAUUGCAAAAGCUGGCAUCCCUGUGUUUGCCUGGAAAGGGGAGACAGAUGAGGAGUAUUUGUGGUGCAUUGAGCAGACCCUGUACUUCAAGGAUGGGCAGCCCCUCAACAUGAUUUUGGAUGAUGGUGGAGAUCUUACCAACCUAGUUCAUACCAAAUACCCACAGCUCUUGAAAGGAAUUAGAGGUAUUUCAGAAGAAACAACCACUGGAGUUCACAACCUGUACAAGAUGAAGGCCAAUGGGACUCUGAAAGUGCCAGCUAUCAAUGUCAAUGACUCUGUCACCAAGAGCAAGUUUGACAACCUGUAUGGCUGCAGAGAGUCCCUGAUCGAUGGCAUCAAGCGUGCUACAGAUGUGAUGAUUGCUGGCAAGGUGGCUGUGGUGGCAGGUUAUGGGGAUGUGGGCAAAGGCUGUGCUCAGGCCCUGAGGAGCUUUGGAGCCAGAGUCAUCAUCACUGAAAUUGACCCUAUCAACGCCCUGCAGGCAGCCAUGGAAGGUUAUGAAGUUACAACCAUGGAGGAGGCCUGCAAGGAAGGCAAUAUCUUUGUUACCACCACUGGCUGCACUGACAUUGUUCAGGGCAGGCACUUUGAGCAGAUGAAGGAUGAUGCCAUAGUGUGUAACAUUGGCCAUUUUGAUGUUGAAGUUGAUGCAAAGUGGCUGAAUGAAAAUGCAGUAGAGGCAGUGAACGUUAAACCUCAGGUGGAUCGCUACACGCUGCGGAACGGCCGGCACGUCAUCCUGCUGGCCGAGGGGCGCCUGGUCAACUUGGGCUGUGCCAUGGGCCACCCCAGCUUUGUCAUGAGCAACUCCUUCACCAACCAGGUGCUGGCACAGAUCGAGCUGUGGACACACAGUGACAAAUAUGCUGUUGGAGUCCAUUUCCUGCCAAAGAAGCUGGAUGAAGCUGUGGCUGCUGCUCAUCUGGACAAGCUGUGUGUGAAGCUGACCAAGCUGAGUGACAAGCAAGCCAAAUACCUAGGCUUGCCAAGAGAUGGGCCCUUCAAGCCAGACCACUACAGAUACUGAGCAGAUGGCACUACCCAAAGACCAAAGUUCAGGGAUGCAACCUUCCAAAGCCCUUGUGUGUGUGCUGGGCUUCUGAGAACAAGUCCUUUGCCAUGCUCCUCUCAGUGCUGCAGACCCCUUCCCCUUACCAAGGGAGCUUCAGGGCUUUAUUAGUGAAGAGGAUCACUCUGACUCUUGGAAUUAGAAUUGGUUUCUUGGCUAAUGAAAAGGUUCUUAUGCAACGUUUGUGGGCUCCUGAUGUCACAAUAAGGGGAGCAGCACAGAAGAUUGCUAAA